GUGGAGCAGAGCGGUGCGGAGCAGAUCUGGUGGUUCUCCGGAGAGCAGCUUCCUCGGGUGUUACAUGAGCCAAGCCCUCACUGUACAGAUGAGUGAGAGCUGAAACCUGUUCCCUGAGCUGAUCAGAAGGACAUCCCUUGGCCCCUCCAUCUGGGCCCCUGUGGAUAGGAGGGGCUGGACGAGCAGGCCAGCUGGGCUAUGGUGUGGUGCCUCGGCCUGGCCGUCCUCAGCCUGGUUAUCAGCCAGGGGGCUGACGGUCGAGGGAAGCCUGAGGUGGUAUCGGUGGUAGGCCGGGCUGGGGAGAGUGUGGUGCUGGGCUGUGACCUGCUGCCCCCGGCCGGCCGGCCCCCACUGCAUGUCAUCGAGUGGCUGCGCUUUGGAUUCCUGCUUCCCAUCUUCAUCCAGUUCGGCCUCUACUCUCCCAGAAUUGACCCUGAUUACGUGGGACGAGUCCGGCUGCAGAAGGGGGCCUCUCUCCAGAUUGAGGGUCUCCGGGUGGAAGACCAGGGCUGGUACGAGUGCCGCGUGUUCUUCCUGGACCAGCACAUCCCUGAAGACGAUUUUGCUAACGGCUCCUGGGUGCAUCUGACAGUCAAUUCGCCCCCUCAAUUCCAGGAGACACCUCCUGCUGUGUUGGAAGUGCAGGAACUGGAGCCUGUGACCCUGCGUUGUGUGGCCCGUGGCAGCCCCCUGCCUCGUGUGACGUGGAAGCUCCGAGGAAAGGACCUUGGCCAGGGCCAGGGCCAGGGCCAGGGCCAGGUGCAAGUGCAGAACGGGACACUGCGGAUCCGCCGGGUAGAGCGAGGCAGCUCUGGGGUCUACACCUGCCAAGCCUCCAGCACUGAGGGCAGCGCCACCCACGCCACCCAGCUGCUAGUGCUAGGACCCCCAGUCAUCGUGGUGCCCCCCAAGAACUGCACAGUCAAUGCUUCCCAGGAUGUUUCCUUGGCCUGCCACGCUGAGGCAUACCCUGCUAAUCUCACCUACAGCUGGUUCCAGGACAACACCAAUGUCUUCCACAUUAGCCGCCUGCAGUCCCGGGUGCGGAUUCUGGUGGACGGGAGCCUGCGGCUGCAGGCCACCCAGCCUGAUGAUGCCGGCUGCUACACCUGUGUGCCCAGCAAUGGCCUCCUGCAUCCACCCUCAGCCUCUGCCUACCUCACUGUGCUCUACCCAGCCCAGGUGACAGCUAUGCCUCCUGAGACGCCCCUGCCCAUAGGCAUGCCGGGGGUGAUCCGCUGCCCGGUUCGUGCCAACCCCCCACUGCUCUUUGUCAGCUGGACCAAGGAUGGAAAGGCCCUGCAGCUGGACAAGUUCCCUGGCUGGUCCCAGGGCACAGAAGGCUCAUUGAUCAUCGCCCUGGGGAAUGAGGAUGCCCUGGGAGAAUACUCCUGCACCCCCUACAACAGUCUUGGUACCGCCGGGCCCUCCCCUGUGACCCGCGUGCUGCUCAAGGCUCCCCCGGCUUUUAUAGAGCGGCCCAAGGAAGAAUAUUUCCAAGAAGUAGGGCGGGAGCUGCUCAUCCCCUGCUCCGCCCAAGGGGACCCUCCUCCUGUUGUCUCUUGGGCCAAGGUGGGCCGGGGGCUGCAAGGCCAGGCCCAGGUGGACAGCAACAGCAGUCUCAUCCUGCGACCAUUGACCAAGGAGGCCCACGGGCACUGGGAAUGCAGUGCCAGCAAUGCUGUGGCCCGAGUGGCUGCCUCCACCAACGUCUACGUGCUGGGCACUAGCCCUCAUGUUGUCACCAAUGUGUCCGUGGUGCCUUUGCCUAAGGGUGCCAAUGUCUCCUGGGAGCCUGGCUUUGAUGGUGGCUAUCUGCAGAGAUUCAGUGUCUGGUACACGCCACUGGCCAAGCGUCCUGACCGAAUGCACCAUGACUGGGUGUCCUUGGCAGUGCCUGUGGGGGCUGCUCACCUCCUAGUGCCAGGGCUGCAGCCCCACACCCAGUACCAGUUCAGCGUGCUGGCUCAGAACAAGCUGGGGAGUGGUCCCUUCAGCGAAAUCGUCUUGUCUGCUCCUGAAGGGCUUCCUACCACGCCAGCUGCACCCAGGCUUCCUCCAACAGAGAUAUCCCCUCCCCUGUCCCCUCCACGGGGUCUGGUGGCAGUGAGGACACCCCGGGGGGUACUCCUGCAUUGGGAUCCCCCAGAGCUGGUCCCUAAGAGACUGGAUGGCUACGUCUUGGAAGGACGGCAAGGCUCCCAGGGCUGGGAGGUGCUGGACCCAGCUGUGGCAGGCACAGAAACAGAGCUGCUGGUACCAGGCCUCAUCAAGGAUGUUCUCUAUGAGUUCCGCCUCGUGGCCUUCGCAGGCAGCUACGUCAGCGACCCCAGCAACACGGCCAACGUCUCCACUUCUGGUCUGGAGGUCUACCCUUCGCGCACGCAGCUGCCGGGUCUCCUGCCCCAGCCUGUGUUGGCCGGCGUGGUGGGCGGGGUCUGUUUCCUAGGCGUGGCCGUCCUCGUGAGCAUUCUGGCCGCCUGCCUCAUGAACCGGCGAAGGGCUGCCCGCCGCCGCCGAAAGCGCCUCCGCCAAGAUCCACCUCUUAUCUUCUCUCCGACAGGGACAUCAGCUGCACCCUCUGCUCUGGGCUCAGGCAGUCCUGACAGCGUGGCGAAGCUGAAGCUCCAGGGUUCCCCAGUUCCCAGCCUGCGCCAGAGUCUGCUCUGGGGGGAUCCUGCCGGAACUCCCAGCCCCCACCCAGAUCCUCCGCCUAGCCGGGGACCCUUACCCCUGGAGCCCAUUUGCCGGGGCCCAGAUGGGCGCUUUGUGAUGGGGCCCACUGUGGCGGCCCCCCAGGAAAGGUCAGGCCCGGAGCAGGCAGAACCUCGGACUCCAGCCCAGUGUCUCGCCCGGUCCUUUGACUGUAGCAGCAGCAGCCCCAGUGGGGCACCCCAGCCCCUCUGCAUUGAAGACAUCAGCCCUGUGGCGCCCCCUCCAGCAGCUCCACCCAGUCCCUUGCCAGGUCCUGGACCCCUACUCCAGUACCUGAGCCUGCCCUUCUUCCGAGAGAUGAAUGUGGAUGGGGACUGGCCCCCUCUUGAGGAGCCCAGCCCUGCUGCACCCCCAGAUUACAUGGAUACCCGGCGCUGCCCCACCUCAUCUUUCCUUCGUCCUCCAGACACCCCUCCUGUGUCCCCCAGGGAAUCACUUCCUGGGGCUGUGGUAGGGGCUGGGGCCACUGCAGAACCCCCUUACACAGCCCUGGCUGACUGGACACUGAGGGAGCGGCUGCUGCCAGGCCUUCUCCCUGCUGCCCCUCGAGGCAGCCUCACCAGCCAGAGCAGCGGGCGAGGCAGCGCUUCGUUCCUGCGGCCCCCCUCCACAGCCCCCUCUGCUGGAGGCAGCUACCUCAGCCCUGCUCCAGGAGACACCAGCAGCUGGGCCAGUGGCCCUGAGAGAUGGCCCCGAAGGGAGCAUGUGGUGACAGUCAGCAAGAGGAGGAACACAUCUGUGGAUGAGAACUAUGAGUGGGACUCAGAAUUCCCUGGGGACGUGGAAUUGCUGGAGACGUUGCACCUGGGCUUGGCCAGCUCCCGGCUCAGACCUGAAGCUGAGCCAGAGCUAGGUGUGAAGACUCCAGAGGAGGGCUGCCUCCUGAACACUGCCCAUGUUACUGGCCCUGAGGCCCGCUGUGCUGCCCUUCGGGAGGAAUUCCUGGCCUUCCGCCGCCGCCGAGAUGCUACUAGGGCUCGGCUACCAGCCUAUCGACAGCCAGUCCCUCACCCUGAACAGGCCACUCUGCUGUGAACACCCCUAAAGUGAGGCUGGGAAAAGGCAUAUGGACCUGCAAAGGAGGCCCCCAACCAGACAGACCUAGCUUCAACCUAGGACUGCCCCUGUCUGCCCCUUUGGUGCCUAGACCCUGAUAGUGGAUAGUGGGCCUGGGUCACCUUGGUAUGGAAUGUAUGUGCUGACCCCCUAGGUGAGUCUGGGGAUUGGAACAGGGAUCUUAGGUCUGCCCCCCCCCCCACCGUGUGUGUGUGUGUGUGUGUGUGUGUGUGUGUGUGUGUGUGAAGUUUUUUACAGGUGAAUAAAGUUUGAAAGAUG